AAGUUAGUUUACAGCAAAAGUGUAAAAAGUGGAAUUGCUUUGGUGAAAAGCGAAACUGGAUUGGCACCACCCUUAUGCUAGAAAAAGAAACUAAAUAAUCCUCAAACCAUACUCUGCAAUUCUCAAAAAAAAAAAGGGAUUUUAUAGAUAAUGUUGUUAAAAAUACGGUAAUACUUUGAAAAAGACAAGUUAGUUUAAGUUGGAACAUUUUUUGAGCACAAAGCUAACGUGACAUGGUGGAGGGAAUAUUAAUGGCGGGGAGCAUCUGUCAAAUGCCUUUUGAUAUUUAGCAACGGAUUUUGACAUUCUCAUUCCAAAUAACGUUGGGUGGGGACAAACUUUGCCUUUCGUGGUCAUAUAAAUUAAAGCAAGAGUAAAGUCGAUUUAUUAUUUCUAGCGCAAGCAUUCCCUGACUAUAUAAACUGUUCUAAAAUUACCGACAUCCGGUUAAUGACAGCGGCACGCAUGCGCAGAAGCCUGACUAUCCGGUGACCAUUUUGUUGCAGUGACUUUGGCUUUUUAUUCAUCAAAUAAUAUUCUUCCCCACUCACAAACAACGGCAAAGAAUACUUCUAGAAUCCGUAGUAAGGCUUAACCCAAGAAGCACAAACCAAACGCACACAUACACCACAUUUUUUCCUCCUUUAUCCUCCCAAUUUCUCCUCCUUUCUCCCCCCUCCCGGCCAUCAAGAUGAUCUGUAAGUAACCAAAACCUAAUUACUUCUUCCAUGGAGCGAAAACAAAGACUUUAUUAAUUCUUCUCUCUUCUCUCUCUUUCUUUUUUUUGGGGGGCUGUUUUAUGUUUCUCUAUCUCCCCACUUUUAACCACAUCUCACGAAUCUCUCUUUUCUCCACCUGAUAUAUACCAACAUAUGUGAAAUCCACAGAAUUCAAAUUUUAAUUUCUUUUGUUUUCUCGUUCCCCGUUUUUCCUUUUUUUUUGUCCUUUUCCAAGUUAAUGUCUCCCUUUUUUCUCUCCUAGACAAAUUGUGGGUACUACUAAGCGAACAGUGGUCCUAAAUUGUGUUUAAGUAUUUUGCCGAUCUCAUAUAGAAUCUAAUUUCAAUCUCUACAUUCAAAUACACAACGUUUAACAUACACCUACGUACAACACACAACACUAAAAUUUAUAUAUUUAUAUCUAAAACAGUCUUUUUCUACCUUAACACCCACUCCUUUCUUCAUACACGUUGAAACACAGUCGUAAGCGAUCGAUUAUCGAACUAGAAAACCAAUAUAUAUAUAUAUAUAUCCAUAUUCAACCACAAACAAGAUGAUGGCUACCAACCCCUGCACCCUGGUUUCUGCCUUGUCCAGUACUCCUGUUGUCUCACCAACACUUCCACUAACCUCAUCAAUAACAUCGACAUCACCAUCAUCAUCAUCAUCAACAGCCGCUUUGGCUGCUGCAACAACAACCAAUUUAACAGCCACAGCGGCAUUACCCCCGGAGGAAAUAGGUUACAUACCCGAUAAAGUAAAGAAAGCUGAGAAAAGAAUUUCUGCAUACCCCUAUGAUACUGAGGCAUGGAGUGUUCUAAUCAGAGAUGCCCAGAUGAAAAUGAUUGGAGAUGCCCGAAACACCUAUGAGAGGCUUGUAACACAGUUUCCUAAUGCUGGACGCUAUUGGAAGAGUUACAUUGAGCAAGAGAUGAAGGCUAAAAAUUAUGAAAGAGUUGAAAAACUUUUCCAGCGCUGUUUAAUAAAGGUUCUGAAUAUAGAUCUGUGGAAGCUCUACCUCUCAUAUAUAAAGGAAACCAAGGGAAAGUUGCCUUCUUACAGAGAAAAGAUGGCCCAAGCCUAUGAUUUUGCCUUAGAUAAAGUAGGAAUGGAUAUUAUGUCAUACCAGAUUUGGGUUGAUUAUAUAAACUUCUUAAAAUCUGUUGAAGCUGUCGGGUCGUAUGCCGAAAACCAACGUAUAACAGCAGUUAGGAAAGUCUAUCAACGAGGUGUCGUUAAUCCAAUGAUCAAUAUUGAAUUGUUAUGGAAAGACUAUAAUCAAUAUGAAACAAAUAUAAAUCCUUUAAUUGCUAAAAAGAUGUCAGAGGACAGAGGCCGUGAUUAUAUGAAUGCGCGACGAGUUGCCAAAGAGUAUGAAGCAGUUACGAGAGGGUUGAACAGGAAUUCCCCCUCGGUACCCCCACAAAAUACCCCUGAAGAAGCAAAACAGGUUGAACUCUGGAAACGUUAUAUAGCUUGGGAGAAAAGUAAUCCUUUGCGGACUGAGGAUCAUGCAUUAAUUACAAGACGCGUAAUGUUUGCCUACGAGCAAUGUCUUUUAUGCCUUGGCCAUCACCCAGACAUUUGGUAUGAAGCUGCAUCUUUUCUGGAACAAAGCAGUAAGCUCCUCACAGAAAAGGGGGACCAAAAUGCUGGGAAAAUCUUUGCUGAUGAAGCUGCUGCCAUCUAUGAACGAGCAAUCACAACACUCUUGAAGACAAAUAUGUUGCUGUAUUUUGCAUAUGCAGAUUUUGAAGAGAGUCGUAUGAAAAAUGACAAGGUCCAUUCAAUAUACAAACGUCUACUGGCUAUUCAAGAAAUUGAUCCAACACUGGCCUACAUUCAAUACAUGAAGUUUGCUCGAAGAGCAGAAGGAAUUAAAGCUGCUCGCCUUGUCUUUAAAAUGGCUCGUGAUGACACUCGGACUCGCUUCCAUGUCUAUGUAUCGGCUGCACUAACGGAAUAUUAUUGUAGUAAGGAAAAAACUGUGGCUCUGAGAAUAUUUGAACUAGGCUUGAAGAAAUAUGGAGAAAUCCCAGAUUAUGUUCUUGGCUAUGUUGAUUUUAUGUCACAUUUAAACGAGGAUAACAAUACUCGAGUGCUGUACGAAAGAGUUUUGUCUUCCGGUCAGAUCCCUCCAGAAAGAUCUAGUGAAAUCUGGAGUCGAUUUCUUUCUUUUGAGUCUGAAGUUGGAGAUUUAUCAAGUAUUUUAAAAGUAGAAAAGAGAAGAGCCGCAGCUACAAAUCAGCUCCAAGAAUUUGAAGGGAAAGAAACGGCCCUGUUGAUUGAUCGCUACAAAUACAUGGAUCUCUACCCUUGUUCACAGAUGGAGUUGAAGGCUUUGGGUUACAGAAACUUUUCUUCAAUGCACGUAGCUCAAGUCCCUUCAACUGGUGAAUGUAUUCCUCGGAACUGGAAUGAUGAAGAAGAUAACAGAAAGAGACCAGAAUACCCCAAACCUGACCUUGAACAAAUGCUGCCUUAUAAACCUCGACUUUUACCUCCUUCAGGUGCUCAUCCCAUGCCAGGUGGAGUUUUCCCUCCCCCACCAGCGGCUGCACACCUCCUUACCUUGUUACCGCCACCAAAUUGUUUCCAUGGUCCCUUUGUUAUGAUAGAUCAGUUUAUCAAACACAUCACAAAUGUCACUUUACCUGACGAACCUGUUGUUAUAGAAAAUGGAAUGGAAUCUUCCAAGAUUGACCCUGGAACCUUAAUAUCAAUAGAGAUUGCUACAGGUGUGAGGAAACGCAAAGCAGAAAUAACCACAGAGGUUGGGGAAGAAAGCGAUGAAGAAAAUUCUGAGAUGUUGGAACCCCCACUUCAUGACAUUUAUCGCAGUCGACAGCAGAAACGAGUGAAAUGAGAACCUCCCUCCUGCUAGCCAUCACUUCAUCUCUUGUAAACUUUAUUGGCAACUUGCUAAAUUCUAUCUCAUUAUUGCUGGCAACUCACCUGCUCACUUCACCCUCAUUAACAACUCAUGUCAUUUCCAGCUUAGCCUUUUCUAAACAUCUCCUAAAACUCCAUCUAAUUUACACAUAUAUGCAUGUGUGGUGUGUGUGUGUAAUAUAUAUUUGUAUAUAUACAUAUGUGUAUGUAUGUAUAAUUUGUAGCCGACAUUUUGUCAACAUUUAAUGUCAUUUUCAAUCCAUUUCUGUCUUAUCAUCUCUGUUGACCCCACUUUUUUUUUUUUGGUUCCCCUCAAAUUUAUCUGGGAUCAGUUUUGUUCAGCUUCAUCUCCAUCUUGUUUCUGAUGCGCAUUGUUUGCCUCAAUCGCUCUGUGUCUAAUCCUCAUUGACAACUGUUACUCUUGUCUAACUUACAAACACACCAGCUCAUCUAACAUUGUCGUUGUCAUCAUCACCAUCAACAUCAUCAUCAUCUUCAACACCAUCAUCAUCAUUUGAUAUUUUUGGCCAGCCACAUCAAACCUUACUGGUUUAUUCUUUUUAUAUUACUGUAAAGAAAAUUAAAAAAACAAAAAAACAAAACA